AUGGAGGGAAAAGCUACGGAAAGGUGGUGCAUGGUAAGAUGCGCAGGUGUUGCGCAGAAUAAUAACGAGGUAAUCAAUCGGACAAUGCUCAGAUUCAGGCCGAUAGCACCGAAACCAGCCUCGAACGACACGGUUUCAGGUAGCUUGGGGGUGGAUAACAAGAACAUGCUGCUAAGUAGCAAAAGAUCUAAAAGAAAGUACGUUAGGGUUCGCAAGAAUAAUGGAUAUAAGAGAAAGAAUCGAAUCUCUCCUCGUGGAGAAGGAGAAGAUGGAGUAAACAAGACAAUUGUAACGCUGCAGUUUUUUCCUGAGAAAACUGAUUCGGAGAAUUCAUAUUCAAACUCCAAAACACAAGAGCCAUGGUGCAAUAUUAUUAAUAAUAGUAAUAAUUUCGAUCCCGUGGUUGCUUCAAAGGGUGGUGGUGCAGUAGAAGUUUAUCAUGACGAGCUAAAUCAGAUAGAGAAAAAGGGGUUUGGAUUUGAAGUGUCGGAUCAGAGGACGGUGGUGGAGUCGUGGGUGACGGUGGAGAGCGUGACGGAGACAUGCAUGGAUGGGAGAGGGUUACUAGGGAGUACGGACGUGGAGAGAAUGAAUAAUCUAGAAAGCGACACGUGCCCUGUGUUUAUAUCAGACGAUUUAAACAGAGUUCAGUGGGUUAACGGAGCGUACAAAAGGAUGGUGAUGGAAAAUGGAAAUAAUAAAAAUAAUAAUAAUAAUAAUAAUAAUGGAUAUAAGGAUGGAGAAUCACCGGAAGUAAUGGUGGGGUUGAUAAUGAAAGAAAAGUUUCCGGUGUGUGUUUGCUCUUCGUUUACGACAAGGGUGAGGAUGCAGUACACGUGGCAGAGUGAAAGGUACUCAAAAACGGUUCCAUGUGAUGUGUUCAGAAUGGACUGUGGAGGGUUUGCAUGGAGGCUUGACGUUGAUGCCGCCCUUAGUUUGGGUCGUUAA